UUUGAAUAAAAAACCUUUGAUGCAGACAAGUACUGAUCGUCUUGCAGGGCAUUCCCAGAAGCAGGCUUUUACAGAUAAUGCUAUUAUUUUUCCUUGUUGGUCUGCUAGUGCACCUUGUGUUCUUUGUCUCAAUUUUUGACAUCUAUUUCACAUCUCCACUGGUCCAUGGAAUGACCCCACAGCACACGCUGCUGUCACCUCCUGCAAAGCGUUUGGUGCUGUUUGUGGCCGAUGGCUUGAGGGCUGAUACCUUUUUUGAUUUAGAUGAGAGUGGUAAAUCUAGGGCACCUUACCUUAGGGAUAUUAUACAGAAUAGAGGUAGCUGGGGUAUUUCUCACACACGAGUCCCUACAGAAUCGAGGCCAGGACACGUAGCACUUAUAGCAGGCUUUUAUGAAGAUGUUAGUGCAGUUGCAAAAGGCUGGAAGGAGAAUCCUGUUGAAUUUGAUUCUGUAUUUAAUGAAAGUGUUUAUACUUGGAGCUGGGGAAGUCCUGAUAUUUUACCUAUGUUUGCUAAAGGUGCCAGUGGAGACCAUGUUUUUACACAUUGUUACUCUGCCGAAAGUGAGGACUUUGCAACUGCAGAUGCAGCCAAAUUAGAUACGUGGGUUUUUGAACAAACAAAGGCUUUUAUUAACUCUGCCCACAAUAACCAUACCUUGUUUAAACAACUUCAUGAGGAAAAGAUUGUGUUUUUUUUGCACCUUCUUGGACUGGAUACCAAUGGUCAUGCUCACAGACCAGGCUCAAGGGAAUACAAAGAAAAUCUGAAAAUAGUUGAUCAUGGAAUUAAAGAAAUGGUUGCCCUGAUUGAAGAAUUUUAUGGAAAUGAUGAGAAAACAGCGUUUAUCUUCACAUCUGACCAUGGCAUGACAGACUGGGGCUCUCAUGGAGCUGGUCACCCUUCAGAGACCUUGACACCUUUGGUUGCCUGGGGAGCUGGUGUGCAUUCUCCAAGGAAGAUUCAUGGGCAGCACCCUGAAGACCAGUUCUCAAAAAAGUGGAAGUUGGAAGACUUGAAGAGAAUAGAUGUCAACCAGGCUGAUGUGGCACCACUGAUGACUUCUCUUAUUGGAGUUUCAUUUCCUCUGAAUUCUGUGGGUAUUUUGCCAGUGGAAUAUUUAAACAACAGUAACCUUUUCAUAGCAGAGAGUUUGCACACAAAUGCACUUCAGAUAUUGGAGCAAUUUAAGGUCAAGAUGAUAAACAAAAAAGAAACUACCUUAUCAUUUUUGUUUUCUCCAUUUAGUUUGCUUUCAGAUUCUAAACAAGUUGACAUUUUGAGAAAAACGAGAUCAUACAUUAAAGAAGGAAAUUACAAAGAAGCGAUGGCCUUGUGCACAUUGCUGAUUGACCUUGCCUUGGAAGGACUCUCCUACUAUCACACUUAUGAUAGAUUUUUCCUUGCUUUAAGUGUUGUCAUGGGUUUUGUUGGUUGGAGUUUGUAUAUCAUCCUACUGAUUGUAAAAACAAACACAAGUUUUAUUCAGAAGACACUCAGUUUUAAUAAGGGAGCAUCGUCUACAACAAAAUGUGGAUUCUUUGCUCUUGGGCUUUUUACAGUCAUCUUCCUACUGAUUCAGUCAUGCCCUUGGACAUACUAUAUCUACUGUCUCUUACCCAUUCCAAUUUGGUAUUCUGUGUCAAAUGAAUUCUGGAUUUUUCAAGAAAUGGCAAAAUAUGUCUGGACUUUUUCACCUUUUAAAAGUUUGGGAUUUAUUCUUGUAUUGGCUGUGGGAGUUGAAAUGUUGGUCCUCAGCUUUUUUUACCGUUCAGUGCUCACUGUUGGUUUGAUUGUGUUUGCUUUGUGGCCAUUGGUGACCAAUAUGUGGAGUCAAGCCAAGAUAACAACUCUAAGUUGGGUUUUCUUAUGUUUGCUGUUGGCAGUGUUUCCCCUGAUGCCUGUGGUUGGAAGAGAGCCUAACCUCACUCUGGUCCUUGCUGCUGGUCUGCUAGCAGUUCUUAUGUCAUCAGUCUGCCUUGUGAUUUUGUUGAAAAAGAAAGAAGAAAGAGAUUUAGCAGUGCACAUCUUUCAGAUCAUGAGCCUUGCCGUUUCUAGCUACAUUAUGAAUGACAGCCACUCAAGUCUAGCAAGCAAGAAAGGGCUACCUUUGAUUAACCAAAUUAUCAGUUGGAUGACAUUAGCUUGUUCCAUGGUUUUGCCAUUACUUAGCAGCACCCUUCUGUUUCAGAGACUUCUGGGUAUAUUUCUUUCUCUUAUGUCAACUUACCUUCUUCUCAGCACUGGGUAUGAAGCCUUAUUUCCUCUAGUGCUAUCAGGCUUGAUGUUUGUAUGGAUACAUAUGGAGCAGAAGACGCUGGUGAGAUAUGGGCUUCCUUUUAAAGAAAAGCUUAACAGUAUUGACUUAUCCUGUAGCACUGAUAUAACUAAGUUUCGGCAGCUGAAUCUCGAUGACAUUCGGAGGGCUUUUUUCUUGAUAUUCUUCAUUAUCAUAGCAUUUUUUGGCACUGGAAAUAUAGCAUCUAUUAACAGUUUUGACCCAGCCUCUGUGUACUGCUUCCUGACGGUGUUUAACCCUUUUGUAAUGGGUGGUUUAAUGAUCUGGAAGAUUCUCAUUCCUUUUAUUUUGGUGAUGUGCACUUUUGCAGCUGUUCAAGUCUCAGCACAGAUUUCCUCUAAAAGCGUUUAUCUCAUUGUUCUUGUGAUAUCGGAUAUUAUGUCUCUGCAUUUCUUUUUCAUGGUUAAAGAUUAUGGAAGUUGGUUGGACAUUGGAACAAGCAUCAGCCAUUAUGUUAUUGUGAUGUAUAUGAGCAUCUUCUUGAUGUUGCUGAGCGAAUUGGCUCAGUUUCUCACUACAAAGAAAAUUGAUGUCUGGAGGAAAAAGAAGCCUCAUGCAACAUGAAAGUCAAGAUAAAUCUGCGUCUCUGUGUACAAACGAACAAUUUUGUCUCAAAAGAUAUAACAAAUCAAUGACAAUUUGUGUUUAAUAUUGCAGUUGUGGUCUCACCUUUUCCAGGCUCAUUGGAGAAAUUCAGCAUUUAUGGAAUUAUUCUGACAUGAGAGUGGCAGAGUGCUGGGGUUGAAUGGUUUAAAUUGCAUAUGUGUAGCUCAUACAUUUUGCAUGAAAGACAAAGUAGCUGUAUCUGAAUUGGGUAUACAUUGCUGAAUAACUUUUUUCCUUUUUGAAAGACUGUAAACUUUAGAUUGGUGCUUUAUAUCAGGUUAUGAGAACAUAAUCUGAUUAGGAGAUUAUAUUUGGGAGUAUAUAUAUAUUUUUUAUUAGGCGCUUAUAUGUUAUUUUUUGCUAUAUCAGGUACUGUGGGAUAUGAAAAACAAACAUUUUCUUUUGUGAUUCAGAUAGAGCAUACAAUUUAAAAAAAACCCUCUAAUUUACAUGUACUAUCAAAUUUACUUUGUUAUUUUUAAAGUGAAAGUUGUACAAACGCUAGGAUUGACUUUUGAAACAAAUA